ACACACACACACAAACACAAACACACAAACACAUAGACACACACACACACAGGACCAUCCUGCCCGGCCAUCCUGCCUUCCGUAUGCACUCCACUCCCCAGAUUGCCCUGGAUGAGGCGGCCGGGGGGCCGCAGCCACGAUGGCAUGCCCGCACUGCUGUGCUCGCCCCGGCCGGUGUCGAGCCACCCCCCGGGUGCUCCUGCGUCGUGGGACCCGAGGACCCCGGCUCCCGGCGUCCUCUGGUGGCGGGACACCUGUUGCGAGUUUUUUCCCUUUGGCACGGCCCUGGCGAGUUGCGCCAGCUGGUUCUCACAUCUGACGGGGGAGAAAGCCUCUUCAGUGUGAAGGCGCCCCCGGGCCCGGGCAGCGGGCUUGCCCUGUGCGCGGAUUUGUCGGCCGAUCCCUCGGUCCGGGAUUUGGCGGCACACAUUAUUCGGGGUGAUCGAGUCCCCGCAGCCCGCCUCGGUGGACAACUUGUGCCCAUGGCCAAAGACGACUGCCCCCCCUCGGCGGGAGGGGUGGUUUGCUUCGCAGAGUCUGGCAGCCUGGAGUGGCGCUCCUCCACCGGAGGCUGCUGUGGCAUCCUGUCCUGGAAGGUGGCCCUCUCUCGUCAGCCUGGCGGUGGGGCCGGGCUCAAACUGUUCGUUGGCCAGGCGCACCUUCACCUCCGGGACAGGCCAGCUGCCAAGCUCGCCGCCAUCGCCCGGGCCUUGGCAGCCGACCGGGACACCCUCCUGCAGGAGGCCAGUGCCGUGGAGCAGAUCACCCGCGACGCGCGGAACACUCGGAAUCGCGCAGCCCAUGCCCUGCGCUCCGCCCUUCAGAAGCGCCGCGAGCGCGACGACCAGCUCUGUACCGCGUUCGCCGAGAUCCUCAACGCCAAAAAGGCCAAAAUCCGCCGGCUGAUGGAACAUGUCGCCCUGCUGGAGGCGGCUCGACUUCCUCCCAGCCCGGCCAUCGAUGCGCCUGCUCCUGCCGGGAGCCUGCCGCCUGCCGCGAGGGCACACCGCCCGCGGCGGCCCGCGCGUGGGGCCGCUUCCGCGCCCGGUGGCCGCCAGAUCGCCGCUCUGCCGGCAACGGCCCCCGCCCCCUCGGUCCCGGGAGCCGAGGAGGCCCCGGGCGUCACGGACGCCCAACCAUUGGCAGGGAAACUCACGUCCUUGAUCGAUCACAUGCGCUCGGGCGGCCUCACGCGCCCGCGCCUGGAAUGAAUCCCCCUGAGCAUUUUUCCGUCGGUGCACCCGGCCACCGCCUC